AAAAAAUACCAGUCAUGGCAGCAGGCGAGCAAUUCUCUGAUCUGUGCAAGAAGAAGUACUCGGAGCAGGCCGUCUGGUUCCUCAACGGGUUCUGGAACAAGGGCAUGAAGGAGGAGGCCGAGAACGUGUGGAAGUUUGCCCAGAAGUUCAUCGAGCUCGACGCCAGCAACAGCAAGGACGGCAACGAGAUUGACGAGUUCCUCUCGCACAAGUUCCUCGAGACGCUGGAUGAGACCAUGACUGUGCUCGAGAUGCGUAAGAAGCUGCGCGAGAUCGACCAGGAUGCCAACGGGCACAUGGCGCUCCUCGAGUACCUUGUCUACCGCUACGGGUUUGGCGUGGACGAGACAGUCAACGCGCCGCAGGGCGGCAACCAGGAGGAGAUCGACCAGGCGCAGGCCAAAUUCGACGAGCUGUCCGAGGCACUGACCGCGCAGGUGCAGGCGGUGGCCGAGCUCGACGCGGCGGUGGCCGAGCUCGACGCGGCGGUGGCCGAGCUCAAGACGGUGGUCGCCGAGCUGCAGGAGGCUGUUGCGGCAACGCAGGCAGCGGUUGAAGAGCUCAACGCGGCGGUGGCCGAGCUGGAGGCCGCCGAGGCCAAGCUCCAGGCCGCCGAGGAUGAGCUCCAGGCUGCCAUCGACGACCUGCACGCGCAGGAGGAGGCGUACCACGGCGCCAUUGCCACCGCCGAGGCCAAGGCCAACGACGACACGCUCGGCGUGGUCAAGCGCAACCGCGCCGCGGCCGAGCUCGCCCAGCUCAAGGCCGAGGACCCGAUGCCGCUUCGCCGGGCCAAGCUGACCCAGGAGGCCUCGCUCCGCAAGGUCGGUAAGGAGAAGAAGAUCGUGGCUGCCAAGCGCGAGGAGCAGGAAGCCAAGCGCACCGAGCAGGAGGCCAAGCAGGCCGAGCAGGAGGCCAAGCAGGCCGAGAUGGAGGCCAAGCAGGCUGAGCAGGAGGCCAAGCAGGUUGAGAUGGAGGCCAAGAAGGCCGAGGCCGAGCAGGGCCAGGUCGAGCUCGAGGCCAAGAUGGAGGAGGCUUCGGCCGAGCUCGCCGCCCUUAAGGCCAAGGGUGGCAUCGCCGAGGGUGUUCUCUGGUGGAUGGAGCGGACCGAGAUCGAGGCCGACAAGUACCUGCCGCCCUCCAAGCAGAAGUACGCCCACCUUCACAAGAAGGUCGACAUCCGUGCCGGCGCCGAGGACGAGUAGAGAUCGUCGUACAACCACGAGACCCUUGCCUCGCCAUA